UGUAUUAACAACAGUAAAAAAUAUUUUAAACUUAGAUUGCAGAGAACGAAGUUGCUGAUAUUGCUUAUUCUGGGCCUAUCUAUCCUGUCCAUUUAUAUGUUCACAAAUGCAAGAUUGAACGAUGGCGAAGAUGUAGGCCUACCCUUACUUGUAAAGUCCAGGUCAUCAGCGGAGAAAAAGAAUGCUUUUGUGGAAUAUACUGGAAAAACGUGGAUGUCCUUUACUGACGUAGAUAGUCCUGGAGUUUAUCGGGCAUGCGUACCACGGCCGUAUCCCGAGACGAACUUGCAGUCAACAGUGACCGGAGGAAUAGUAGAUGACACAAAGCAAAUGACAAUUAUCCACUGUUUAAACAUGUGCAUUAAGCUUAGUUACACGUACGCAGCUCUCGGAAAGGGUACGCAGUGUCUCUGUAGCAACAUCAGAGGUAAAGAAAACACACUACUCGACUACAAAGACAGUAAGUUUUGUGACGUACCAUGUAGUGGUGAGGCUCUCUACAACUGUGGAGGAGAACAAUACCUGUCGCUUUAUCGAACCAAGGUUACAGAUGAAAGAUGUUCGAAUAUUGUUCUAAAGCCGAAAGGCAGCUUACCCCUAGUGGCACUAGCAAGCUACCCCAGGUCAGGAAACACAUGGACCAGGCAACUCAUUGAAAAAGCAUCCGGCAUCUACACAGGAAGUACACUCUGGGAAUAUGAGAAACGAAUGAAAAUAUCUAAAAAAGGUUUGUGUUUACGCGUAGCCUUCUAAAAUUUAUAAAAAUAAAAGUACAUAUUAUAACCUUUAACUAAAAUUAAGGCAUAACUUUGUCUCUUACGUUUGUGUAAGUUGCUUGAACAUAAUGCAUAAGCAAAAGAUGAAAAUAAUAUUUUUAAUAUCGUUAUUUCUUACAAUAAUAUAUUCAGCAUGUGAUUAUUGAUUCUUGAUAAUUUCUUUUUUAAGUUUUGUGAAAACCAGAUAAAUCUAUCAGUUGAAAUAUAUUUUUUGAAAAAUCCUUUAAGUGUGUAAGGUGAUGAAAUUAUGUCAAAAAAUGUUUAAUAAAGUGAGUGUUCCCCAUGAAAGAUAACAAAAAUGAAAGUAACAUAACCAUACUGACAUAAAUAAUAAAGGGCUAGACCAAAUUCAAUAAAAUAGUUUCCCAGUUUGAUGUGAUGAUUGAAAACUUAAGAAUCUGUAGGAAAGACUUGCAGUCCGCUUUAUAUUAUGGAAAUAUUUCAUAUUAUGGAAAUAUGUUAUGUUAUAUGAUUUCGAUAUAAUAAAGAAUUUGUAUAUAAUUUUUCAAUAUUCGUUAAAAUCAGUGGUUGAACGGCGCAUGCAUGCACGUACCCAGUGGCAUCCAAGGUCAACCGACAUAAACCUGUGCUCCGUGUAUGUUUGUAU